AGUGUUUCCAGUGGUUGGUCAACAAAUACAUGACUGCAGAAAGUCACUGCAGUGGAGAGCAGUUGGAACAUGCAGACAGACGACGUGGAGACUUCUAGAAAAACUCUUUGGAUCCAAUCGGGCAGAACGUGUCGCCAUGGAGAUCCUGAUGAAGAUCGUGCCAACGCUGUGUCUCUUUUUUCAAGCAGAAGCAGUGACAUCACUGACCUACUCUGACAUUAGGUUGGAGACAAAUACACCACAGGUUGAGAUUACACCUGAGGUCAGCGAGGAUGGGAGCAUAUUCAGGUUGCGCUGCCAGCAGCACGGUGUGUUCAGGUGCAGUGUGACAGGCCUGGUGUUGGAGGGAUUUGGUGACGUGGUGUAUGAGAUGGUUCCCUGGGAUGUGGACUUCCUGUCCUCUAAAGGGCUGCAGGUGGCAGGAGCUCUGUUCAGGUUCCACCUGCUGACUGGGAGCUUCCAGCGACUCCACCUGCCGCAUUGCCAGCUGCUCUCAGAUGGUGGUCAGCACUUCCUAUCUGUAGCUCAUGUCACUGGGGACUGUGUGGACUUUAUCACUCCAGGUCAGGUGACCGAUAGUCAUGUGACAGUUGAUAUCUCGGGCUUCUCGUGCUUUGGUCUGGUGACCCCAGCGCCCAGUGACCAGAUUGCUGGCCUGGUGUUGAUCUUCUCUCAACCCACAAAUUCCACACUGUUUGUCCUGCUGCUGCCCAGGAAUGUCUGCCUCACUCAGGUGAGAAAGGAGUGGAAGCGGCGGAUUGGGGCUGAGUACGUCGAAGCUAUUCCUGACUGCGAACUGAUCCCAAAUCACACAUACAAACUGAUUGGAGAGCCCGUCACAGUCAUCCAGCCAGAGAUAUCAAAGUUCGUGAACUUCAGAGACUACAACAACUUCCUGCCGUCAUUCCAGGUGCAGCUGAAGGCUGGAGCCACACAAGUGAGGCUGCAGCUCAGGAGUCAUGUGGCUGGAUCCCGUCUGAUCGGCUGGGUGUUUGGCAACAAAGAGUGUGAGGUCUGGGCCCGAGACAUUCAGCUAAAAGUGAAGGUGCUGGACUUGCAGGACGAAGAUGGGACCCUGCAGCUGCUGCAGAUGCUCAACCGUCUCGGUUCAGAGGAUCUGAAAACCUUCCAGCGCUUCCUGAGUCUCCGGACUGAUCCGAUCUCCGUCAGCCGACUGGAGGCCGCAGACAGAACCAGAACUGUUGACCUCAUGGUCCAGAAGUACCACGCCGAGGGGGCCAAGGAGGUAACUGAGGAGAUACUGAGGAAGAUGAGCUACAACCAGCUGGCAGCUGCUCUCAACAAGAGCUGAUCAAUCAGAAAACAGAUGUUAAAUUUUUUUUUUAACAUGAUUAAAUGUUUAUAAUUCUCUGUGUGAACAAGGUUCAGUGGUUUAUUUUUACAAACACCUGUUUCAAUAUUUGAGAUGAAAUUAUCUAAAAAAAUUUUUUUUAAAUAAAAAGAGAGAAACUCUUAAAGUGACAACAACCACAUUUCUGUUUGAAUUUCCAAAAAUGUCACAAGAUCAAGAACAGGAACACUGAUUGCAUUACAACUCCCCAGAACUAACAGGUCCGCGAACACCUCAUCAGGAAACAAAGUGUAAAAUCUCACCUAUAAAUGUCAGCAGAUUGUUUCUUUUCUGAUCACAUUAAGUAACUAUGACAGUAUUGCAAAUAACUUGUUUAUGCACAUUUUCAU